GGUGUACUAGUGUGGAAACGAGGUCAGUAGCGUCCCUUAUUUGCGGUUGUCAAUGAGAGAAGACUGGUCGUAUCUUAAAACUUUUUUGACGUUCGUAUUAGAUAGAUCUACAAACAGUUUUACCUAGGCCUUGUUAUUAAAACAUAUUUUUGAUUUUAAAAAAAUGGAAGAUCAAAAGGUUAUUUUGGUUACUGGUGGAACUGGGUUAGUUGGUAGAGGUAUUAGAGCAGCUAUGGAGAGAGAAGGAAAGAGGAGUGAUGAAGAAUGGCACUUUGUUUCUUCAAAAGAUGCAGACCUUACAGACAGAGCUGCUACAGAAGCCUUGUUUGAUAAGAUUAAACCAACUCAUGUGAUACACCUUGCUGCAAUGGUUGGGGGGCUCUUUAGAAAUCUGAAAUAUAACCUAGAUUUUUUUAGAAUAAAUUCCCAAAUCAAUGACAAUGUUCUAAGCAUUAGUCACCAAAAGGGUGUUAAGAAAGUUGUGUCUUGUCUGUCAACCUGUAUUUUCCCAGACAAAACAACUUACCCAAUUGAUGAAACUAUGGUACACAAUGGUCCCCCACAUGACAGUAAUUUUGGAUAUUCUUUUGCUAAACGUAUGAUUGAUGUACAAAACAAGGGCUAUCACAUGCAGCAUGGUUGUAACUUCACUUCAGUCAUCCCCACCAAUGUUUUUGGAGCGUAUGACAACUUCAACCUUGAAGAUGGGCAUGUCUUGCCUGGUCUAAUACGCAAAGUUCAUGAAGCUAAAAGCAACAACACACCUUUUGUUAUUUGGGGCACUGGGUCACCUCGACGACAAUUUAUUUAUUCCCUUGAUCUUGGACGUCUAUUUCUGUGGGUCCUUAGAGAAUAUAAGGAAGUAGCUCCAAUUAUACUUUCAGUUGGAGAGGAAGAUGAAAUAUCCAUUAAAGAAGCAGCAGACUUGGUUGUUGAAGCUAUGGGCUUCACAGGAGAGGUUAUUCUGGAUACAACCAAAUCAGAUGGGCAAUUUAAAAAAACGGCUAGCAAUGCCAAGCUAAGAAAAUAUUUGCCUGAUUUUAAAUUUACUCCAAUCAAACAAGCAAUCAAGGAAACAUGUGACUGGUACAUGGCUAAUGUUGGUACAGCUCGCCACUAAAUUUUACAGACUGUUUGCAGUGGUUGAUUAAUUCCAACUUGAAUUACAGUUUCAUUCUUUCAAUGAUAGCUGUUUUAUCAAUAACUGGCUACACUACAUCAGUCUAAAAUGUUAACCCUUAUUGGCAUAGGAAUUAAAGAUGGGUAUAUAGUAUAUUAAAAAUAAAAUGUGAUUAUUGCUAAACCUGUUUGUACUAAUGCCACUUAUGAAAUAAUUUAAGCAAUGCUGAUGUACCCUAGAAGAAAAAGAAACCCAACUUUAGUAUGUGAUAAUUUAUUCACAUGUAUAAUUUGCAACUUUUUUUCCUGUUUUCUCCAAGACUUACAUAAAAAAGUAUUAUAAAACUCAUCUUUUUCUCUGCCAGUAAAGGGUUUAUAGACAUUCAUUGAAAAUAGAAACUGCCUUUUUUGUUUUAAGCUUGCUAUAUUUUUUUAAACGCCUUUAAUAGUUACUGUCUGUCUGCAUUGUUAAAAUUAUAUAAUUAGUAGAUAUAAAAAUGUAUAUUUAUAAGGAUUAUUAAUUUUUAAGUAAAGUUAUGAUUUUGUUGUUUAAAAAAUAAACGUUAAUCCUUUUAUAAAUAUAGAUUAAAUAUCUAUUCUGCAGUUUGUCUAAAAAAUGCUUAGCUUGAAGAUAUUAUGUUUGAAGGAUUUUUAUAUUAUUUUCUCAUUUAAUUUAUAUUUCCAUAUUAUUUUGUGUUGAUAAUAUGUAUUACAAACUACACCAUAUAUUUUCUGGUAUCCAUUAAUUUCAUUGUUUCAUGCAAUCAUUACAGUAAUUUUUUUCAUAGUGACUAAUCCACAUUAAUGUGCUUUGCUCAAAAAAGUAUACCCAAUAUUGGGCUUAUUAUUUGUGAUACAUGGAAGCAAAUUUUUUUUUUUUUUGUUAUGGUUAUUCAGAUGUUUUGUAAAAGUUGUUCAUAGGAUAUGCAAUAGUUUGUUUUGAUGCAGUUCCAAGUAUUUGGCAUUUCAUAACUUCAAAAAAAAAUCUGCAAAUUGUUCAGUUCUAUUUUGCAGUUGGUGUAUUUGUUAUUGGGAUGUACAUACUUUUGAUGUGAUCUUAUGAUGGGUUAUAUAUUUUUAUACAAUUAUUUGGGUAAAUAAACUAGUGACAAUAUAAA